GACAUUUGCUCUUGCUACGAUUUUUUUGUCAAUUACUCACAUCAUCAGCACCAGCAGUAAGGGGCGCUGGCGCUACUACAACAUUCAGUGAAUUUUUUGUUUCGUUUAAAAAAAAAAGUGUUCAAGUGAAGUGGAUUGUGAGUUACGCGAGCUGUAAUAGAUCCAACUUGUAUACUGUUUUAAAUGAUCUAACUGUUGUCACUGUUGUUGACAUUUAGGUAUCAUAGAAAAAAAAGUCAGCUACCUACCUUUUUUAAAAAUGGCAGAAUUGCUGUCGGUUCCGUUAAAAAAACCAUCCGAAGUUGAUUUAGUGACGCCCUUAAAAAACUUAAUUCAAUCGAGAUAUAGUACCGCUGACAAACCGGAAGAUUGCAAUGAAGCCAUCAAUGACUUGUCCAAGUUAAGGAAUAAUGCAAUUUGGAAGACAUUUGAGAAGUACGAGAGCUCGUUGGAAAUUAUUUAUGGCUAUUAUGAUCAGUUGGUUUCUUUAGAGACAAAAAUUCCUGCCCAAGAACUUCAAGUUCCAUUUAAAUGGAAAGAUGCAUUUGAUAAGGGUUCAAUUUUUGGUUCUAGGAUCAGUUUAACAAUUGCCUCAUUAAGCUAUGAAAAAGUGUGCAUUUUGUUUAAUAUUGCUGCUUUACAAAGUGCGGUGGCUGCUAGUCAAAGUGUUGAGAAUGAUGAUGGACUUAAAUUGGCUGCUAAAUUGUUCCAGCAAGCAGCUGGCAUUUUUAGUCACUUGAAGUCCACUGUCAUGCUGUCAAUACAACAAGAUCCUACUCCUGAUUUAAAUCCUGAUACAUUAGGAGCAUUGUCAAGUUUGAUGUUGGCGCAAGGUCAGGAAAUUUUUGUUCAUAAAGCUAUUCAUGACAACAUGAAAGAUUCCAUUGUUGCCAAAUUGGCCUCCCAAUGUGAAGAUCUUUAUGGUGAGUGUUUGAAAAUAUUUCAGAGAGAAAAUUUGAAACAUAUUUGGGACAAAGAUUGGAUACCCACGAUUGCAGGAAAGCAAGCCGCUCUUCAUGCUGUGUCAGAAUUUUAUCAGAGCCUUGUCUGUAAAAAUAGUAAACUAAUAGGCGAAGAAAUCACCAGGUUGGAGCAUUCGGUUGCUUUGUUCCAAACAGCUUCGCAGCGUGCCGGCAAAAAUUUUUUUCAGGAACUGCAACAUAAGGCUCAAAGAAAUCUAAAUGACGCUAAAAAAGAUAACGAUUUCAUUUACCAUGAGAGAAUUCCUGAUAUUAAAUCAGUGGAUCCUAUUGGUAAAGCUCAACCAGCAAAAGUGUUGCCUUUAACGCAACCCAUGAGUCAGAACUUUAAAGAUUUAUUCACUGAAUUAGUGCCAGUUGCCGUACACCAAGCAUUAGCAGCCUAUGAUGUGCGAAAGACUGAAAUUGUGAAUACGGAAAUUGGACGCCUCAGGGAGUCUACAACUACCUUGAAUGGGAUACUAGCUUCGUUAAAUUUGCCAGCAGCAAUUGAAGUCACCGACGGUGGUUCAGCGUUACCACCCUCUAUAUUAGAAAAAGCAAAUGUCGUAAGCCAAUUGGGUGGUAUUAAUGAAUUGGAAAGAAUGAUUCGCGAACUACCAGACGCGCUGAAAAGGAAUCAAGACAUACUCGAUGAAACCGAUCGUAUGCUGAAUGAAGAAAAGCAAGCGGAUGAUUCUCUACGUCAACAAUUUAAAGAACGUUGGACCAGGACCCCAUCUGAAAAACUGACGGAAAUGUUUCGAUCAAAUGGGGCAAAAUACAGACAAAUUAUAAACAAUGCGGUCGAGGCCGAUAAAGUUGUUCGCGAAAAAUUUGAAUCUCACAGGGAUGGAAUUACGUUGCUAAGCAAAUCACCAAGCGAAUUGGAAGCGGCCGUGCCGCAAGGGUCAUCAGGCAAUGUUACAAACUCGUCCUCUGUUACUAUGUUACGACAACUAAUGGAAGAAGUGGAGACGAUAAAAGCCGAAAGAGAUGUAAUCGAAUCAGAGUUGAAAAAUGCAAGCUUCGAUAUGAAGAGCACAUUUUUAUCUGCUUUGAGUAAAGACGGUGCCAUAACUGAACCUGCGCUUUCCGUAGAGAGUCUGGGACAGGUGUAUGGUCCAUUACAGAAACAAGUAAGAGAAAGCAUUGCAAAACAAGAAGGUUUGAUCGAAAGGAUACAACAAGCUCAUUCUCAAUUCGUCCAAGAAAGAGGUUCUACUACGAGUGGUCGCGAAAGCAAAAUGUGUCAGUUAGCUGCCGCCCAUGAUGCUUUUCGAGAUCUGCUCAAUAAUUUGAAAGAGGGAACGAAAUUUUAUAAUGAUCUUACCCAGUUAUUGGUAGCUUUUCAAAAUAAAGUUUCUGAUUAUUGCUUUGCUCGAAAAACAGAGAAAGAAGAAUUAUUAAAGGAUUUAACCCAAGAAUCAAGUAGGCAAGCACCUUUGCCUGCUCCCACUCAGCCAUCGUAUCAUACAGAUCCAGACGUUAAAAAGGAGGUUCCACCACGGCCACCACAACCAUCACAACCCCCACAGGCUCCACAAGCGCCAGGUGGAGUACCUUAUCCAGUAUAUGUACAAGGAAUGCCCGUACCAUAUGGUGCUUCAGCUUCGACUCCAUACCCGGCGUAUGUCCCCCCUCCAAUGCCUCAAGGCUAUAAUCCCUAUGGAACAAUGCCCUAUCCAAGUAGUUCAUAUAACUAUCCAGGAGGAUUUCCAGCUGCUCCCGGGUACGGACAACAACCACCGCCCGGAAGUUAUCCACAACAACCUCCUUCUGGAUAUUCUCAACAACCUCAAGGUGGUUAUCCACCAAAUCCAUGGUAGAUCAGUAAGUUGUAAGCAUCAGCCACUCCCGUAGUUUAGGUACAUACCUUCUCGACAGAGACUAUUGAAAAUGAUUGUGAUUUUUUUUUAGUCGAAAAUGGAUUUGUUCAAUACAUUUGUUUAGUUUAUCCGUAACAGUACUGUUGAGGUGGUUAUAAUUCUUAUGAAAGAGUGCUUUGUUGUUAUGUAAGUCCAUUAAUUUUAUCUGUACUAGGAAUUUAAUUUCAAUUUUUAUUAUAUGAUGAAUAUUUUUGUACUGUUUUUUCUUGUUAGUUGUUACUCUUAUGAAUUGUAAUAAAACUAGUGCCUCUGUUAUUAUUCUUGCAUAAUAAAAUUAAGUAUAACUUA